UCCGGCGUUUCUGCUCGUCCUCCCUUCCCCUCGAAGAUUCAAUACCGAUACGGACGAAAGCAGCGCGAAGCGGCGAUAUCGACCAUGCGGGGAGAACUUGACUGUGUUUGACGAUACGGGAGCGGCGCACGAGACGCACGGGAUGAUCAGAUUUGACCCGGGGUCGAAGCGUCGUCAUUUUAUCAACCGUGCGCGUAUCACUAGAUGACGGCGACGAGCCGACGCUGUUUUUUCAAAGCGGAAUACUCGCAACCGACCGGCACCGCGAUCGUACAACGGAUGGCCAUAUCAAUCGCAACGAGUCGCGGGUCCAAACGAUAGGGAAAGAAGAUGCAGUCCACCUGCCAGCAGCAACAAGCGCAGCCAGGUCAGAACGGAACUUCCGCCAGCAGGACGUCGUUCCUUAUCGAGGAUAUCCUCAGCCGCGGCACCGUCACCCCACAUUCCCACCAUCAUCCGUUGCAUCAUCAGCACCUGACGUCGACCUCCGGACACGGGCAGCAUCAUCAGUAUCAGCAAUUCGCAAGUCUGCUUCCGGGCUAUCCCACGGCGCCGCCUGCCGCGGCGGCCUUCUUCUUGGGCCCGCUUUUCAGUAGCGCCGGAAUGGGGGUCGGUGUGGUACCGGGGGUUAGCGAACUGGCGGCCUUAAAGCACUGUCGACGGCGGAAGGCUCGAACCGUGUUCAGCGACCAACAACUGGCGGGUUUGGAAGCGAGGUUCGAAGUGCAGAGAUACCUGAGCACGCCCGAGAGAGUGGAACUCGCGGCCGCGUUACACUUGUCCGAGACUCAGGUGAAAACGUGGUUCCAGAAUCGGCGGAUGAAGCACAAGAAGCAAUUGAGGAAGCUCAACACGAGCAGCGGUGGCAACUCCAAUUCGGGGCAACAAUCGAUCGCCGUGACAUCGCCCGCCGAGCGCCCGGUUGAUUUUUCGCUGAGCGGCGGCCGCGACUCCCGCGCGAGCAGCGACGCUCCCGCGGAUUCCGACGACGAGGACGACGACGAGAUCGACGUGCUUGGCGGCGAGACACCGUCUCCAAUACCGACGCCAACGGCAACCCCGAUACCGACGCCGACGGCGACGCCGAUACCGGCGAUGCCAAUGCCGGUGUCGACGUCAACGUCGACGGCACUGACGGCGACAUCGACGCGAAGCGGAACCCUACCUCUGUCGAAACGCGACACGCCACCGAGAAUUCUUCACACGACGAUUCAUCCGCAGCAGCCGCCGCACUCGCAUCCCCCGCAUCAUCCGCACACCGUCGGUCUGCACCAUCAUCAGUCGCAACACGGCCAGCAUUCCGUUCAGCGUCAACAUCGCUGAGAUAUGUUGUAAUAAAAUUGAAUCGCUCGUUCUCCCUCACAAAAUCAGAAUAUUAAUUAAUUACGGACGAAAGACGAGAAAUUUAUCUUUUGUCUCAUACACACACACACGCGCGCGCGCACGCACGCACGCACAUGCACACGUACAUACAUACACUAUGGGAUAACUAUUUUGUAGUAUCCGUAUAACGAUCGGAUUCACGCAGAGCGAUUCGGUUUUAUUAUGUAACAUAUAUAAAUAUAAUUUUUCCAAUUUAGUGAAGAAACUCUCUUCCUUAAGUCUGCCGUGUAACGCAAGGAAUACCGGAAUGUCUCGCGCUCAAGAUCGAGAAACAAGAAACGAUUUGCUUCUUCAAGAGGUAUUUAUUACACGUCACAUAAUGAAAGAGAUCAAACAAAUAAUGUGAACACAAUGAACUAUAAUAAUUUAAUACUAUGAACGUUACCGAAUUAAUAGACCUGCCUUAAGCGAACUACAUAUGUAAGUACGUAAAACACUGAAGAGAAUUUGCCUUUCACCCCGUGCGAUAUUAUAUGUUGAUUUAAACUUCACACACACACACACACACACACACACAAAGAUCCAAUAAAACACAUUGAAAAGCAACGGCUUAAGGUACGCGCGUUUACUAAUUUUCUAAUGUUCAUAUAUAUUAUAACGGUAAUUUGAUUUACGUUCGGAAAUUGAUUAAUUGAAAAUAACUUGCACACACACAUGACGAGACGGAACCGAUAAACGUGGAGAAAAUUUAGAAUUUCGUUCCGCGAAAAUUAGUGUCAGUAGCAAAAUUGUUGUUUCAUCGGCAAAGAGAAGUAUUUUGUUUUUCCUCUCUGUCAUACACUAUUGGCAUUACAUAGUGAACGUAUAGAGUAAAGGUUUGGACAUUUGUCGACGUCGGAUCGUGCGGAAAAAGAAAUCGACGACACACAGAGAUACGUUUUCGAGAAGACGUUGCGGUUUAGGAACAACGAGUAGAUUACGAAAAAUAUUAUACGCGUUCUUCGAUGCGAUAACCACUUCGAAAUUACUCGGCCAAUCCAAUGAGUCUUUCCCGCUAGAUAGAAACACGAACAUACACACUUAUCAUAUUUCUGCUCUGAAUCUCCAUUCAGAAUGCGGUUUAAUUUAAAAAACAUAAAAGAAAAUAAUUAACAAAGCCUAUUUUGCCAAUAUAUCGUUCGUUUCAAUCGUGAACAGUUGUACAGAUCGAAUGCUACUUUGGCAUUUUAGCACAGAAGAGCUUUACAUCUAUCACCAGAUUGCUAAGAUUCCAAAAAAACAAAAAAAAAAAAAAAACAAAAAAAACAUGUGUUAAUAUACAGUAAUUCUUCAUACACACACAUAUAUCACACACGUACAUAAAAUUUUGUAAGAAAUUUUAAAACGUAAUAGAAGAAAGAAUCAUCUCAUUAAAAUUUUUCUUUGGUUUUCCGGGGUGACGUGCCGGGUGACGUUCAUAUUGGAGCGUUAAUUCGAGAAUUUGCGAGAGAGAUUUGAAGAAAAACCCAUUAUUUUUUGUUUCACCUCAGGGAUGAUUGGCGACAUGAGGAUUUAUUAAAUAAGUUGACGAACUCCAGAUUAUUGCUAUUAUAUGUGUUAGCGGUAUAACUUAUUUUGUGUUAUUAUUUUUAUACUUGUUAUUAUUUUAUU